UGUGUGCAGGAGUCUCCAGGAUAAAUAGGAGGCUCCCUACGCUGGGCGACGCUGGGAGCCCGCUGGCUGCCGCCCGGGGUGUUUCCCUGCCCUGUAGCCAAGGGUGCCAGCCGCAGGAGUAGUUUCGCUUCCUACUGGCUCCUGGAUUAGUUUCCAAGCACCCUCUCGGUGCCGGGGGGGCCAGGGAAGGGGCACGAAGAAGGAGGGAGACACGCAUAGGGGCUGCUCUGCCCCGCACAGCGCAGUUGAUGGACCCGGCCGCCCUGGACAGGGGCACCAGCUCCCGGUCCCUGCUCCUGGCCCUUGCCCUGGGUCUUGUGAUUCUCCACUGCGUGACUGCAGAUAGAAAUACUACAAGAAGACCCGAAACCAAUGGCUCUCUCUGUGGGGAUCCUGGGGAGAACUGUGCAGAAACUCUUCUGCAUAGUCCAUAUAUCACCAAGCCGUUAGCUCAGGGAGUUUUGCAUGAACAAGUCCCAGCUUGGUUAAAGGCAUUCAUAACUGCAGUCACAGACCCAGGCAUUUUGCUGCUGUUCAGGUGUGAGAAAGGCUACUUUGGGGCGCGGUGUGAGCGAGUGGACUUGUUUUACCUCCAGCAAGACAGAGGACAGGUUCUGGUGAUUUGUUUGAUAGCAGUUAUGGUGGUAUUUAUCAUUCUGGUCAUUGGUGUCUGCACCUGCUGUCAUCCUCUUCGGAAACAUCGUAAAAGAAAGAAAGAAGAAAGAAUGCAAACUCUGGGUAAAGACAAAACUCCCAUAAGUGAAGAUAUUCAGGAGACUAAUAUUGCAUAAUGGUUAUCAAGUGAUCCCUGGUGGGCAAGCUAAAAAGUGCCUUAUUCAUUUGAAAAUGGACAGAAUAUGUCUCAGGAAAACAGCUAGUAGAAAUGAAUUCUUAAUUAUUUUGUAUUUACUUUUUGUUUUUAUUUGUAACUUUGUCUUGUUUAUUAUUGUUUUAAUAAUGAUAUUUUUAUUGUAGUCCAAUAAUUGGGAAAAAAGACCUGUUUAAGUUUCAACAGAAAGAAAGGAUAUUUCAAUAAACUUUCUCUUAAGCUCUGCUACCAGGAUUGUUAAUCAAAUAAAAGAGAAAAGGUGGGGAACAAUUUAGAUCUUAAGAACUGAAGCAUCAGUUUUGUAGACUUACAAUACGCUAAGAGUUUGAAAUAUAUUAUUUCAUUUAAUCCUUUCAUCAAUAUUUGAAAUACAGAUUUUGGUCCUCAUUCCCACAUAUGGAAAGAGGAUGAAAGAAGUUAGAUAAUAGAACUUAAAUUUAGAGAUAUAGGAAUUGAUGGAGAUGGAGUAGAACCAAGAUCAACCCAGAUUCAAAGCUGGUCCUCCAAACUACCGUUUUUGUUCACUUGGCUUUCUAUAAUCCAAAUCAGUAAUAUAAUCCAAGAUUCCCUAUGAACUGUGCUUUGCUGUAGUUCUGAGAUGUUAAGGAAAUUUUCUUGCAGAAUGCAGAGUCUUGGCCAGUGUUGAUGUUAGCAUCAUGCUUUCUGUAGAGUUGAUUUUCUUAUAUUUCUUUGCUCUUUUAUGAAGUUUCAGUGCCAUGAGUAAAUAACUACAUUACUAAAACAAACAGAUUUGCCCCACAGCAAUAGUGAUGAAUAGAGGUGGAAAAGUAAAUGCCCAGUAUUCUUUAAACUCCAGAUAGGUAGUUAUGCUCAAUAAAGUAUAAAUAAUAGCACUGCAAGAGGCUGAGAUUGGUGGUGGCACAGCAGACUCUGUGAGACCAUAUGUGACCAUAGCCUCAUUUCCUUGUUCUAGUCAAAGCAUGCAUUACUGUUGUUAGGUGAAUUUGGGUGCAAUGGAAUCAUGACUGUCACAUCUAUUAUUUGAACCAUUUCCCAUAUAUUCCUUCAACUCUAUGUUAUAUUUAAUAGAAACAUGAAAAAGUGAAAUUUAUAUUUAGCCAAUAUUCUGUAGAACAUGGAACUUCUAUAUUUAUUAAAUGGAUCAUUUACAAAAGCCAAGGGGAAGAUAUCUCACAGACUGUUGCACUUCCCAUGUAUCAGAGCUGUCGUAAAUUUUAUUUUGUAAUAUAGAGUCCAUAGAUUCAAACAAAAGCUUAAACUUUGCAUAGCAUAGUGUUUUGAAUGAGACUGGGGUUUUACUAAUGUAGAAAUAGCUCCCCUAUGAAUAACAGCUAAGUCAAACCACUGACAAUUUUCAAAAUACAUUUUGUUUUCUUGUGACUCAAUGGCCAUGCUUGAAAUAGGACUACAUAAAACAAACUCAUGUUGCAUGUGUUUUAUUUUAUAAAGUCUCCUUUGGCUCAUGUAUGUCUUUUCUUCAGUCUUCUUUGAUACUAAAAAAGCUUCAAACAAAUGAUUAGAACAGGACCACCAAUGCUGUAAUUGUCUUAACAUAGUUUGACUCUGGGAAUUUCAUUUUUAUCUGAAGUUUUUCAUGGUGUCUCUUAAAGUUCUGAUGUCAAGAAAGAAUC